GAUACUAUGCCAAAAAUCAGUUGAUGUCAAUAAUUCGAGUUGUUAGGAUAAGACUAAUUAUGAAUCAUAUAUCACUCUCUUACGUGGAUAAUGUCAAGAACUAGUUAUUAACACACCCUCUCAAACGAAAGCCACCAUAUACGGGCUUGAAGUUUGCACAGGUCCGGACAGAACACCAUGUGCUUAACAGAAACAGAUGGGGUUAUCGGGAUUCGAACAAAAGACGACCUCUCGAUCACAUAAACCUCUGAUACUAUGUCAAGAACCAGUCGAUCCCAAUAAUUCGAGUUAUUGAGAGAGGUUCAUAUACCAUUUUAUUAACAGAUAACAUAAAAAAAUAUAUGUGACAAGGGGAGCGGUUUGGCUAUAUAUAUAGCAAGUGGCAGAGAACGAUUUGCAUAGUUCUGGUCACUGCUGCUUUGCCCCAAAAAGAAGAGGAGGAAGAGAAGAGAUGGCCGUCGCCGCACCUAAAAGCGCUCCUGACCGGCGAACUAUGGAUUAUGACCCAACUGUGUGGGGUGACUUCUUCCUGACCCACGUCCCCCAAACUGAUGAGGUGGUGAAGGCUUGGGAGGAACAGAUCGAAGUGCUGAAGCCAGAUGUAAAAAGGAGGUUAUCAGCUCCCAUAGACCAUUUAGCAGAAAGGCUGAAUCUCAUCGAUGUAGUCGAGCGACUAGGCCUUGACUAUCAUUUCGAGGAAGAAAUCGACCAUAUCAUGCGACAGGUUCAUCAAAACAACCAUGGUUGCAACAAUAUUGAUGAGGACGACGAACUCAACACCGUCGCACUUCGUUUUAGACUGUUGAGGCAACACGGCUACAAAGCCCCAAGUGAUGUGUUCAACAAGUUCAAGACGGAAGGAGGGGUGUUCAAGGAAGAGCUAGUGAAUGACUUCGAAGGGAUGUUGAACUUGUAUGAAGCUGGAUACAUGAGGAUCAAAGGAGAGUGUGUAUUGGACGAAGCUAUUGAGUUCACAAGGUCACAUCUUACUGCAAAAGCUGUCGAGUUGGAGUCCCCUCUCGCAGACCGAGUCACUCGUGCUCUGAAAAGGCCCCUUCGCAAGGUCAUGGCUAAGUGCGAGCACCUGUUUUUCAUCUCGUUUUACGAGAAGCUCGCGAGCCACGAUCCAGCCCUCCUCAGGUUGGCCAAGUUGAGCUUCAAUCUGUUGCAGAAUUUGUACCAGACCGAGCUGCGAACUCUGACCGAGUGGUGGCUGAAGUUGGAUACUCCAACAAAGCUGCCCUAUGCAAGAGACAAGCUGGUGGAGAGUUAUUUAUGGGCUUUAGGAGGAAUGUGGGAGCCCAAGUAUUCCGUAACCAGACCGAUCGUUGCCAAAAUGACUCAAUUCGGUACGCUAAUGGAUGACACAUUCGAUAACCAGGGUAACAUCGAGGAACUCGAGCUGUUCACUGCUGCCAUGGCUAGGUGGGAUAAUAGCAUGGAAGGUAUGAAACCCUACAUGAUGGUCAUCUUCGAGGGAGUCGCAGGUAUAUAUGGUGAAAUCGCGUCAAACACUACCAAGGAAAGAGGGCUUUGGUAUUUGGACUACGGGAAAAAAGCGGUUGGUAAUGCAGUAAAGUUGUACUUGGAAGAAGAAAAACGGACCGACAAAGACUACGUGGCUACGGUGGAGGAGUAUCGGCAGCUUUCAUCUUUAACCACUUGUUACGAAUGGAUAGCUUACUCCGCUCUCUGUGGAUUGGGCGACGACUUGGUUUCGAAGGACGCCUUCGAAUGGCUGCUCUCCGAACCUGCCAUGCUGAUCGCGGCAACGGAGCAAUGUCGUCUCCAGGAUGACAUUGCCGACCACUUGGUGCACGACUCGACCGACCCUUCGAAUCACGACUUAUCGAUGUCGAUGCUGAAAGAGGACGAGAUAGAACAGAAGGCUACGUUGGUGGAAUGUUACAUGAAACAGUAUGGCGUGUCGCAACAAGAGGCGACGAAGGCGGUGGCUGAUUUCGUUGAGGAGGAUUGGAUGAUUAUGAAUGGAGAGUUGUUGAACCCGCCGCCGAAUGUGCCCGUACAGAUUCUUACGGUGCUUCUCCGAUUCGCCAAGAACAUGGAUACGCUCUACAAGGACUUUGAUGGCUACACGCACUCUGGCACCAACACCAAGGAUAUGAUCACCGCUCUUAUUGUUACCCCCAUGGUCAUUUAGGUGAAAUGAACAUCCCCUCUCGAUAUAUCGCGUAAAAUAACGAAAAAAGCAACGAGGAUCAUCGAUUUAUGUCGUGGAUUAAGGUUUCGGUUACAUCAAAUCUUUUUUUUCUCUCUUCCCCUUCGCUCACUCUCUCUCGAUCAUGAAGUUUGUUGUGUGCCGGUGUGCUUUUUAACUUUCAUUCGCUUUGUUGUACCUGCAGUGUGUUUUUCAUAGUUUCUCGGCAGAGUCUUUUUUAUGAAAAAUGAAAUGUUUGGCUCCAGUUUUCUAAGAUGAAUUUUUCUUAUUAUGGAAAAUUUAGUUUGCAUCUCAUCAAUCUGGCUAGUGAACUCUCGGUCUAAAUGCAUAGAUAUCUAAAACACAAAAUAUGUACCGAACAUAGGAUCCCACACAGUCACACAUAAGUUAAAUGAAAACAAUGUGGACAAAAGAUCGUGUCAAAACAUAGUAUUUCCAAAACGAGACUGGACAUCGAACUGAAUUAGCAAAAGAUUCAGGGUUUACAAAUCAUUUAGAAACUAGUAACUUACAAUUUGUAUAAAAGAAAAGGAUUCAUGAUAGUUCUUAAAAUUGAUGAUACUAAUCUAAAAAUUCUACAUCUCAUGCAUCCACAUAUUCAAGAGCAUAACCAAUAUUUAUAAUAUCAAAUUCUUAAUCACACAUACAAAUUCCAUAUUCAUAUUCGAAUGAGAGUUGCUGAGCCUGGUAACGCGGGCUUGUGACCCAACUGGGAGCAUUAAGGUGUUGUUACCCCAUGGUCAUUUAGGUGAAAUGUUGGAAUCGUCUACAAUAAUGAAAAGACGAUAAGGGUCGGCAAUUAAAAUCGUGGAUUAGGGUUUAGUCUUGAUCAUGAAGUUUGUUGUGUGUUGGUGUGCUUUUGGACUUUUCGUUCGCUUUGUUUGACAAGUGUGUUCUUCAUAGCAUCUCUGCGGAUAUCUUUUUAUGACAAAUGAAAUGUUUCGCUCCUAGUUAUUGAGAUGGAUUUUUCCUUAUUAUGGAAAAUUUAGUUUGCAGCUUGUAAAUCUUGCUAUUGAGUCUUCGGGAUCCCGACACGAUCCAAGUACCCGGAUAUCUAAAAUACAAAAUACGUAUCGAAUAUCGCAUCAUCACACAUAAGUUAAUUGAAAACAAGUGGACAAAAGAUCAUGUCAAAACUACUACUUAUAAUAGUGUUUUUAGAAUUGGAUUGGACAUCAAACUGAAUUAGUAAAAGAUUCAAGGUUUACAAAUCAAUUAGGCAAAAUACAACGGUAUAUCCACAACUAUCAGGUUUGUGACAAAUAUAUCCAUAACUAUCGAAAUACACGAAAUAUCCAUUCCCGUCCACUCCGUUAACUCCGUCAGUUAACUUGAUGACUGGACAGACGGUGGAAUCUUAGUUGGCGUGCUUCUGACCCCACUAAAUGACGUGGAUUAAAAGAGAAAAAAAGAUUAGGCAAAAUACAGUUGUAUAUCCACAACUAUCAGGUUUGUGACAAAUAUAUCCACAACUAUUGAAAUACACGAAAUAUCCAAAAAUCGGAAGUUGUGUAACAAAUCUAUCCACUUUCAUCUGAAACUAUAACGGCAUGUCAGACGACGUUAAAUAGACUAACGAAAUGUUGAAUCAAUGUCAUCUCACCUGCCAUAAGCCAAAAAGCAACCAAACUUUACACCGUUACCUGUUAGACCUUGAUGUUGUAGUCUUCUCUGCUGGCGAUUUGGUUAGAUUCAAACUUGGUAUCACCAUGGCACCGACUGCAUGGAAGCCGUCGGAGUAAAAGGGAGGCAAUGGUUGGGGAUUGUGGUUGGAAUCAAAACCUAGGCUUGGG